AUGAAUCGGUGGUCAACUAUUCAACUUGGAACCAAUAAGUUUUGUGGGUUCUUUGCUCAAAUUGAAUCAAUGCAUCAAAGUGGAGUAAAUGAGCAAGACAAGAUUGGGAAGGCCAAACUUAUGUAUCAGGAAUUCCAAAAAGCAUCAUUUCCUUUUGAACAUUAUUGGAAUGUGUUGAGGUACCAACCAAAAUGGUUAGAGGAAUACUUGGAGAGGCCACUAGGUAGGAAGGCUGAAAAAGAGUGGUUGAAUAAACGAAAGAUUAAAGAUUCAACUGGUUCAAAUUAUGCAGGGAUAUUGAGUGGGAUAAUGGAAGACAAAAAGAAAGCAAAUGACAAGAAAAUGGAAAUCCUUGAGAAAGCGUGUCUUCAAGAGCAAGAGCAGAAUCGUAUUAACCAAGAGCUUAAGCAAGAGAGAAUUCAAAUUAUGAAAGAGAAAAUCCAAGAGCAAUUUCGUAUUAAACAAGAAAAGAUUCGAGCAGAACAAUUGAAAGAAGAUGAGAGAAUUAUAAUGAUGGAUACAAAUGGUUUGUCUCCCAAUGCAACAAGAAUAUUAUCUUCACCGCCAAAUGGAAAUUCUUGA